CCGCCCCGACUGCGGCCUCGCUUGCUCAGCUGCCCGGGCUCCCGGGCUCCCGGGCUCCCGGGACCCCCGGUGCCUCUGUUUCAUCUGUUUGCUGGGCCCGACCAUGGGCCCCCCCGCCUGCCCCACGCUGAGGUCGCCGCCGCCACCUCCUCCUCCGCCUCCGUCACCGCUGUUACUGCUGCUGCCCCUGCUGCCGCUCUGGCUGGGCCUGGCAGGGCCCGGGGCCGCGGCGGACGGCAGCGAACCGGCGACCCGGGCGGGGCGGGGAGGGGCCCGCGCCGUGCGGGUGGACGUGAGGCUGCCGCAGCAGGACGCUCUGGUCCUGGAGGGCGUCAGGAUCGGCCCCGAGGCCGAGCCGGCGCCCCCGCUGGGCGGCCGUCUGCUGCUGAUGGACAUCGUGGAUGCUGAGAAGGAGGUGCCGGUAGAAGGCUGGAUUGCAGUGGCAUACGUGGGCAAGGAGCAGGCGGCCCAGUUCCACCAGGAGAGCCAGAGCAGUGGCCCACAGGCCUAUCCCAAGGCCCUGGUCCAGCAGAUGCGGAGGGCACUCUUCCUGGGAGCCUCUGCCCUGCUCCUUCUCAUCUUGAACCACAACGUGGUCCGAGAGCUAGACAUAUCCCAGCUUCUGCUCAGGCCGGUGAUCGUCCUCCAUUAUUCUUCCAAUGUCACCAAGCUGUUGGAGGCACUGCUGCAGAGAACCCAAGCCACAGCUGAGAUCACCAGUGGAGAGUCCCUGUCAGCCAACAUUGAGUGGAAGCUGACCCUGUGGACCACUUGUGGCCUCUCCAAGGAUGGCUAUGGAGGAUGGCAGGACUUGGUGUGCCUGGGAGGCAGUCGGGCCCAGGAGCAGAAGCCCCUGCAGCAGCUGUGGAAUGCCAUCCUGCUGGUGGCCAUGCUCCUGUGCACAGGCCUCGUGGUCCAAGCCCAGCGGCAGGCAUCACGGCAGAGCCAGCGGGAACCUGGAGGCCAGGUGGACCUGCUCAAGCGCCGCGUGGUGAGAAGACUGGCAUCCCUCAAGACUCGGCGCUGCCGGUUGGGCAGGGCGGCACAGGGGCCCCCAGAGCCUGGUGCUGAGACCUGCGCCGUGUGUUUGGACUACUUCUGCAACAAGCAGUGGCUCCGGGUGCUUCCCUGUAAGCAUGAGUUUCACCGAGACUGUGUGGACCCCUGGUUGAUGCUCCAGCAGACCUGCCCACUGUGCAAAUUCAACGUCCUGGGGAACCGCUACUCAGAUGAUUAGCUGCACCAGCUGGGUCUUUGCACAUCGAGAUGAGACCCCUCCUGUCUGCAGUCUGGCCCUCAUCCUGAGCUCUUGGAACAGGACAGCGGGAUGGUCAGGACAGAAAACUCUUUGGGUGGAAGGAUAGGGGCCUCCUCUGCUGAGGAGCAAGGCACCCCACCACAUCCACUCUGGGAAGGAGGGGGUCACAGUCCGCAGGUCAAGGAUGCAGGGCCCAGACCUGCUGGGAAGUGAGGAAGAGAGACCCCUUUGGGGCCCUUUUGUAUAAUCCUGGGGUGUCUGUGUCUGCCUUCCUUGCAGGCAGCUCCCAGGACCAUGGGCAAGGGCCUGGGGAAAGAGGGUAGGGGCAGUGCAGCUGUUCCCAGGGCUCUGGGAGCUCUCUGGCCUGCCUGUCAGGACACCCAGGGGCUGAGGCUGCAGUGGCCAGUUUUGUGAUUAUUUAUUGGGGGGUGGGUUAGGGGAGGAACCGUCUGGCAUCGGGGGCACCCUGGCCUGACCAUCUUUCAGAACACAUCAUGGUCAAGGCUGGGAGAUUAAACCCAGAGGCCUACUACCCUCAGUCCUUGGGCACUAGGAGCCACAGGGUCCCACUGCCUGUCCCACUGGGCUCCCUUUCUGGCCUGAUUGAUACCAGAGGCCUUAGAAACCAUCCAGCCCUGUGCUUCUCAGUGGGACUACGGGUCACUGACCAGGAUACUGGAAGCCACAGGAUAAUGUGGUGCAUCUUCUAGGGACAUCCAUUUUUUUUUAAAAGAAGAUUUGGGGUAGGGGAGGUUUAAUAUUAAAAUAAACAUGGAUAUAUUUUAACAUAAGAAAUAAAAUUUGAGUGGGUGUUUUAAGAUAAUAAAAGCAAAUCACCCUGGGCUCUACUGCCUAUGGGAGGUAGAUUAUAAGACAGCCCCCAUGAA